CGGAACGACAGUCGCUAAACAGAUUGCCAACCCCUUUCACAUUUCCGUGAUGUCUGGCAUGUAAUCGUAAACUAGGAAGUUCUGCAUGUACAGCUGAAACACCGGGUGCAAGACAAAAAUGAGUGAAAUAAAACAAGAAGAAUUAAACUCAACAAAUCAAAAUGUUGAAAAAGCAGAUGAAACAGACUGGGCUGCAGCGAAAGCGCACUAUGAAAACUUGAAAUCAAAGAAACCGAGACCCCCUAAACCAAAAAAUGCAGUUACAAUCGCAGUUUCGUCUCGGACAUUAUUUGAUAUGGUGAAGGACAGGAAGGUAUUUGAGGAAGAAGGGCUGGAGAAGUAUGUGGAAUAUCAGCAAGAACACGAGAAUGAGCCGCUUAAACCCGGUUCUGCUUUUCCAUUUGUUAAGGCACUGAUGACCGUAAAUGAACGGCUCAGAACUCUCUAUCCAGACAGUGAAGAGCUGUUUGACAUCGUUCUCAUGACAAAUAAUCAUGCCCAGGUUGGGGUGCGACUCAUGAACAGUAUAAAUCACUAUGAUCUGACCAUAGAACGCUUCUGUAUGACUGGAGGUCAAAGCCCAAUCGGCUACCUCAAGGCCUACAUGACUAACCUGUAUCUCUCUAAAGACACCAAGAAAGUCCAGGAGGCCAUUGAGGAGGGUAUAGCAGCAGCUAUCAUGUACAAGCCUGAUAUGAUGAUGGAGCUCUCCGAGACUCAACUGCGUGUGGCCUUCGAUGGGGACGCUGUGCUUUUCUCUGACGAGUCAGAGAUCAUUGUUAAGCAGCAUGGCCUGGACACAUUCUUUGAGCAUGAAAAGCAGCAUGAGAACAAGCCACUUGCUCAGGGUCCACUUAAGUGUUUUCUAGAGGCUCUUGGGAAGCUUCAGAAAAAAAUCUAUGCCAAGAAUGAACGACUGGACUGCCCUAUUCGUACGUUUUUGGUGACGGCCAGAAGUGCAGCCAGCUCAGGGGCUCGUGUGCUUAAGACACUUAGAAGCUGGGGCCUGGAGAUUGAUGAGGCUUUGUUCCUUGCUGGGGCUCCUAAAGGGCCUCUUCUGCAGAAGAUUCGCCCACACAUCUUCUUUGAUGACCAGAUGUUCCACAUUGAGGGUGCCAAGGAGAUGGGCACUAUUGCUGCACAUGUGCCAUAUGGAAUAGGACAGAAAUAUAACAAAGGGAAACUGAUUGAACAACCAGAAAAACUGCAAAAAUAAGAGAUUACUGUAACACUUUAUUUUACGGUGCCCUUGUUACACGUAACAUGUAUUUACUAUAAAUUAUGCAUAAUUACAUGUAACUAACCCUGAAUCAAACCCUAAACCCUAUAGUACCAAGUACACAUAGUUAUUUUUUUUAACUUCAAUGUAUAAUUACACAGGCACUGUAAAAUAAAGUGUAAUCGAGAUUACUCUUCAGCUGUUACAGGUCAUCCUUAAAUCACAAAUGAGGUUCAUUACAAUAUUAGAUGUAUUAAAGAUUUUAACAAUUAUAGAAUGUAUGCAUAGGUAAGGGUGUUGGAUUGGUAAUGGGAGGAAAACCAUUUUUGUGUCCUUGCAAAGUUUUUCGAAUUCUUUACUUCUGUCUGCCUAUGUAUCUGUCUGUCUAUCUAUCUAUCUAUGGAAUAUUUUAGAAACUUUUCAGUUGUUUGUGCUUACAUGCUUACAUGACCGAUCCUAUUAGAGACACGCUAACAUCUCCAAGACAGCGCAGAAAUGCCAUAGUGCCAGAAAUAUAAGAAAUCACUACAUUAACAUAUUUAGAAAAUGCAGCAGAGAUGAUUUGGUACUGUUACAACCUUCUAUAGUGAUCACACAAACAAUUACAGCACUUACAGAAACUUAUUGUGUCACUGUGCAUUUUCUAUCAAAUACGUUGACAUUAACAGCAUGGUAAAUAAAAAAUAAAGAAUA